AUGCCACGUCAGACCGACUCCUCGCCAGCAGGCGCCUCUUCGGUCCACGUCGCCUUCGCCAAGCCCAUGACGACUCCAUCCAACCCGCGUCUGCUGGGCAGCUCCAACUGGACAAAGGGCUCCUCCGAGUACUCGCCAACGUCCACCAGCACACCAUUCGCAACGCCAGCAACGCGCGCCACCAGCAUCGCGCCCAGCACCUUUUCCAGAUCCGGGCCAGGAAACCGACGCGCAAAGCAGCUCCUCUUGUCGAGCGCCUCGUCGAUGGACGGGACGCGCCACGGCGACAUCCAGGCGAGCCCGACCCCCAUUGGAUCCCGAGCAGGCACGCCAGCCUCUCGGGAAGGCUCUGGCUCCGGCAGCGGUGGCGACGCCAACGCCAACAAGACUGCCAACCCGAGGCAGCGUAACCGGCUAGCCCAGCCAGCUCCGGCAAAUCCGGCGUCCGACGCCGAGGGGGCAUCGACGACACCGGCCUCUACGUCGGCCCAGAGCAAGGAGGCCGACGACUUCUACGCGAAAGCGCAGGCCAUGGGCCUCCGCCUGAGCCGCGAAGAUAUCGAGAGGACGCGGGCCGGCAUGGCUGCAUUCCUCAAGGCCGAGCGCCUGCCUUCGGGCUCAUCUGCGUCCAAGCCCCUGCUGGGCAAGAGCGAGGGAAAGGCGAGCGGCAACGAAGGCAACCGCAACCCGAUCGCACAGUCUCCGCAGUCAGCCUCGGCGAGCAGCGGCGAACGUCCAUCCGGCAUGCUGGGCGCGAGCGCCAGCUUGAAAUCCAGCAACCCCCAGCUCGGCCCCAGUGCCAUCCGCAGCGCUUCCGGACCGUCGUGGACAAGAAGCACAGGCAGCCCGAUGCUCGCCUUCUUCACCGCAGUCGUGUCUCAGGCCGAGUCUCCGAGCUCGUCCCAGGUCAGGGCCAGUCUCGACCAGAUCGGUAGCGCCGAGGAGCAGCGUCGGCUCAAGAUCAAGAAGGCCAAGCUCCGAGAGCGGCGCAAGGAGCAGAAUCUGCGAGGCCUGCAGCACCUGCAGACGCCGGACUGCUCUGCAGCCCUCGAAUCCACGCCUGCCGGCCGAUCGAGUGGCAGCUUCCAGACUCCACCAUCGCUCGGGUCGGGAUCGGUCCGAUCGAAAGCUUCUGGGAGCGGUCGCAGUCGGGAACGCGUUGGCCUCGGUCUCGACUUUGACGACAGCGACGGAAACGCCAGCCCGCUUCCUUCCACUCCGCCCGAGCCAAGCCGAACAUCGUUCAGCGACAGAAGGUCGCGCGGCCGGACCGUCUCGUUCGACACAAGCUCACCAGGCGAUGCGCUGCGGCAUUGCACCUCUCUCGAGGACCUCAGCAAGCGAGCCUGGGUCAGUCCGCGUGGCAAGCUGCACCUGAUGCAGUCGGCCGUGGACCCCGAAGGCGUCUUCCCUACUCCCGAGAGCGACGCCGACGACUCGGGCGUCUUCCUUGAGCACGAGGAGGCGCGCGCGGCCGUAGCCGGCGUCCCCAUUGACGGUUGGGGCACCCGGCAUCGACGCGAGAGCUCCGGCUACCCGAGCGGCACCGAUGCGCUCAACGACGUGAUGGGCAGGCUUGGCAUCCUCGACCAGGUGAUGGCCCAGCAGACCAGCCCUCGCAGGCUGUACAGGGAGGCCAAGCAGCGGGAAAGGGCCGAGAGGGAGCGCCGACAGGCAUCGGAGGCCGAGGCGGCAGAGCAAGCGGCACGGCAGGCGCUCGAGCUCGAUGCAGAGGCCCGCACGCACUUCGAGGGCGAAGAUGCGAAGGUCGACGAGUCGAGCGCUUCCGCGUCCAUGUCGGCCGCGGAAGAUGGCCGCUCGAGCGUCACGACACCCAACUCGACGCGCCGCAAAUGGCUGCCAUCGGGCGCCUACGGGACUGCGACGCCCCUGGACGCAUCGGCGUCCCGUGGCAAGAGGCUCGUCACGGGUAUGACGAGCCCGCAAAAUGGCCAUACGCGGAUGACUACGCGGGAGCACUACGACUUUGUCAUGCACGGCAUCUCUCCCAGCCAGGCCGCUGCGUUCGAUAGCCUCGAGUCGAUCUGCAACAUUAGCAACACCCCCGGACCGAUCACCUUCUCUGCAUCAUGGGACGCGGAGCCCCUCUCCGCGAUCCGACCCGCCGCCGCCACCGCCGACGCUGGCAAGGGCAGCGCCACAAGGGGCUUUCUCACUUCGGCGACGCCCUUCCGGACGAGCAUGUUUAUCGACGAGGCUCGGCCGGACCUGAUCGGCGUCAGCCCCUCGGUCGCCGGGCUCUUCCAGGCGAGGAGCGGUGGUCUGCCGAGCACCCAGUCGAAGCUCCUGCGGUCGGCCUCGGACGGCUUCGCUAUCGUAUCGCCGCUGUCCGGGCGCCUGCUGCCGAGCGUGCAGUCCCGCAUCUCGGAUCUCGAGUUCGAUGAAGAGCCGCCGGCGGCCGAGGAUGCUAUCGAUGGCCUGCCUGGCAUGGGACCGAGCUCCGCAUUCAACCCAAAACGAGGCCUCCUCUUCGGUGCAAGCCCUUCCUCGAGUGCCUCGCGCAUCGGCGGCGCUCUCGACGCGACUCUGGCGCGGUCUCCCGCCGCCAAAAGCUUCGGGCUAGUGGGCGCUUCUCCGGGGCGUGGCGCCCCGAGCCUGGGUUCGAGACUGGCAUUUGCCAGCCCCCGCACCGUGCUUCUACGCGCGCACUCGGGCGGCUCGAUCGAGAGCACAGCAAUCCGCAAGCUCAACCAGUCCCCGUGCCAGCUCGACUUCCACGCCGGAAGGCGAUCGAUGUCCGGUCAGGACCUGGCCGGUCACGGCUGGCCGGACAAGGCUUCGUCCGGCUGUCUCGACACUAUCAGCCCGGCCGACGUCUUCGGCUCCGCUGUCCCGCGUCUAGGACCGAACGGCAACACCAGCGGCGCCAGCACGUCUAAGAAGCAACCAAGGCCUCCACCGGAACCGGUCAAGGCCGACCGCGGCGGACUGCAGACCAAUCUGUCCUCCGACGACGAGACGCUCGGAGCUGGAGCCGAGGUCGAUGGGGACUACACCAGCGACGUGGAGCUCUCUUCGAGGAACAAGCACAUGGUCGGUCGGCGGGCACGCAGUCACUCGCCUCAGUCACCUCUGAAGCAGGCCGAAGGCUCGACGUCGGUGAUCCGGGAUGGCCUAGUGUAUCCCUCGGCGCGCCUAGACUACGGCAUUGUCGAAGAUGCUCACACGGGAGGUGCGCUGGCGGCAACGGCUGGAUCGAGCAAGUCUCGGAAGCGCGCCAAGCGCGUCGAAAAGGAGGCCUCUGCAUCGAACAAGAAGGCAGCGUCGAAGGCCAAGACCGGCUCCGAGGCCGACGGCAACAGCAUGGCCGCCGGUGCAGUCUCAUCGGUCGCUCGUCCCAGCCGCGAUUUCGAUCAGCUCGUGACGCAGCCGGCCACGGUCCAGAACGGCGAGACCGUCUGGGACCAGCCCGACGGCAGUCGCGUGGUCAAGCUCGUGUCCGAGGAGCUGCAGGCGGCGCUCGAUUCGGGCACCCUCGACCAGGAGCCGCCGGCGCGCUACUACCUGCUCCCGCCCGGCUUCGGUCGGUCGAAGACGAAGCCGCAGCUGGCCUCGUACGCUGGCCUCAUCGGCCAGGCCAUCAAGGCUUCGUCCGACAUGCGUCUUAGCCUUGCCGAGAUCUACGCCUGGAUCAGCACCACCUACCCAUUCUUCGAGCGUGGCGAUCGCGGCUGGCAGAACAGCAUCCGCCACAACCUCAGCCUCAACAAGAGCUUCAUGAAGAUCGAGCGAGAGGCUAACAUGCCCGGCAAAGGAGGCUGGUGGGGUAUCCAGCCCGGCCACGAGGAUCGCUUCCAGAACGGCGUCUACAACGCCUCAGGUCCAAAGGCCGAGAGCUCAAAGUCGAAGGCUGCUGCUGCUGCGGCGGCGGCGGCCGCUGCUGCAAGGCGUACGGAAGAUGCCGGGACUCCUGCAAACAGCGCGCAGAGCACCCCUGCCGUGACCACCGACAUGCCACUGCCCAGUCUCGAAGGUGCGAAUAGCGACGCUGCCGCAGUCGCGGGGAAGUCGCAAGCUGGCAAGCUCGGCCGAAAGAAGUCGUCGAUCAAGCGCAAGAAGACGUCGCUCGCGGCUGAGCGGAUCCAGGGCAGCGCCGAUGAGAGCAGCGACGAGAGCGCGGGCGAGGACGUGCCUCUCCGACUGUCGUCGGACCGCCCACAGAAGCGCGCUAGGGUGGGUGGCGUUAUGGAUGGCACCGCAUCGACCGCCAGACUGCCGCUCGCCGAGACGCAGGUCCAGGCCGAGCCGAACCAGAGUCUCGACACGCAGCUCGAGUCAAUGACGCCCCUCAGGCCGCCGGGAUCCGCCUAUGCAAGCAGCGCCGCCGGCAGCCAGCACAGCCGUGGCGCGCCGAUGCUGACGGACAGCGCCAGCAGUCCGCCGAGCAGCCCGUUUACCCUGAUGCCGCCGCCGACGGUUCAGAUGACGGCGGACCACAGCGCGCUGAAGCGCAAGCUGGCAUCCUCCCACGGCGAGGGACACUAUGGCUACUCGACCGGCUUCUCGCCGACACCCUACAGCAUGCACGCUUCGCCGCUCUCGUCAGCGGGCCGCGGUGGCAACCCGUAUCGCACGAUGCGCAACUCGGCGCUGAGCGGCGCCUUCUCUUUCGCCAGCCAAACACACGGCGACGCGUCGGCAGGCUCGCCCCUUCGCCGCUCCACCAAGGGCUACGUCAACGGUGAUGUGCUGUCCAGGUCACCCAACCGAUUCCUGUCGAUGGGCUCGCCCGUAUCGUCGAUGCGCGGUUCGGCCAAGGCGGGCCAGGUGUCGGCGUCCCAAGCAGGGGCUGGUCGCGACGAGGCGGACCUGCCGCCGUUCGGCAGCAGCGGAGCAUCUACCAAGUCGCCCAACUCGACGGCCAGGAUGGCGGCCCUGGCACGCAGCCCGCUGCGGGGCUCGCCGCUCCGACAGGCCAGCUCAUCGUUCAACGGCUCGCCCGGCAGGCCGGUGGCCAGCUCGGCCCACCUCCAGAUGCAUCUCGGCAUGGGUGGCGCGGGGAUGAGCUCGACGCACGGUCUCGGCAUGGGCAUGGGCCUGAGCGGGUCCCCCGUUCGCAGGUCGGUCCAGUCGCGUUACGGAUCCACGCUCUCGCCGAUGCGGCGCUCGCUUAUGUCUUCGGCCGCGCUCUCGUCGCAUGGUCACUCGAUGGCCUCGUCAAAGCAGCUGCAGCAGCACAUGGGAGAGCUGGCGCCCAACCCGCUUCUUCACCACCAGUACGCUCCGCACCAGCCGCAGCAAGCGGGGUGGUACUCGGACGAUCCCUUUGAUGGAUCGGCCCACCAGGCCGACCAGUUUUCGCAGGGGUUUGGCUAUGGCGGUGCGAGCAACGACGCCGCCUCGGCCUCGGACGGUCCUCAGGCCAGUCCGCUGCGGAUGAUGUGGAACACGAUCCAGGCGGCCGGAGGCGUCGAGGCCUUUACCGGCGGCCACCAGGCUGCCCAGCAGCAGCAGCACUAG